AGGUUCCGAGUCUGAUUUUGGUUGCAAACAACCGCAGGCUGGUAAAAAAAAUUAAUUCUUAAAUUUUUUAAUUUUUACAUAAAAAUUUUGAAUACUCACGAGAUUUUUCAUCCAUCGAAAGAGAAAUUACGCAAAAUUAAAAAAAAAAAUUAUAAGACUGAACACAGCAGCAAAAAAUAAUUGACGUUAAUUUCGGGUUAUUAAAUUAUUUAUAAUUUUUUUUUGACACAAAAUUAAAAAAUGAUUUUUCAAACGGAAACAGAUCCAAAAUUUUUGAAAUCAAAAACUCCAUUUUUAUUUCCAAAAGAAAAAAAUUUUGGUAAAAAAAAAUGCACAUGCGCAUGUCCGGAUUUAAGAGAAAAAAUUGAAAAAUCUCAAACUAUUUCGGAAAUUGCAGAAUCAAAGCAACCGUACAAAGAAAUAGAAGCUGUUGUAAAUAAUAGCCGUCUAGUAUUACGAGUUCAAAAAUUAGUACAAGUCAAAGAUAAAGAUAAAGACAAAGAUAUGGAAGAAAAAACAUCAAAGUCAUUAAUCAAAAAUGAUAAAAUUCCUUUGGAUAGUAAUUUUACAGAUAAACCAACGCGUUUAUUAUUUACGGAAAUAAAAGAAGAAAAUAAUGAAAAUAAAAGACCAAUUGGUUCAAGUGAAAACAAAAAUAUAUAUGUAUUAAAAAUAAAAAAAUCAGAAUCUUGGAGUGAAAAUAUCAACCUGGAGUUUCGGAUCCCGAGAUCAUAGAUCGGCCGGAAAUUAAAAAAAAAAAUAACAGUUAAAAAUUUUGUUAUUGUAAAAAAUUAAAAAAUGAUUUGGUUUUUAACAAAUCAAUGGCAUCAUUUUCCAGUGAAUUUUCGUCGCUUUUCACA